UUGAUCAAAUUUAGGUAUAAGUGCCGCUACUGCGAGAAGACGUUCGCUCAAUACGGCACAAAAACGGUACAUGAAAAGAGUGCCCAUCUAGGAAUCCGGAACUACAAGUGCCCCAAGUGUGAUAAGUGUCUUUCUUCACCGAGCGCUCUUUACACACACAAGAAGACCCAUGGAGAGAAGACUUUUCAGGUGAUUACGCCUUUUUCAGCCUUCUUUUCUUACCAGUUCCUGUUGAAUGUAUCCGGCUGGCCUUCCUUGACGGCAACCCCUUUCCAGUGCGAAUUCUGCCCGAAGACGUUCACUUUGAAAAACUACCUGAAGCUUCACGUGAAACAGGUUCACGAGCAGAAUGAGAGGAAGCACGUGUGCCGAUUUUGUGGGAAGAGUUUUGCCUAUGCUGGUAGUUUGCAGGUGCACGUUAGGACUCACACUGGUGAACGACCGUACCGCUGCAGUUACUGCCCGAAGGCGUUUGCCAGUCAGGGCAACCUACAGUCCCACGAGAGGACACAUACGGGCGAAAGGCCGUAUUCGUGUGGCACCUGCGGGAGAAGCUUUAUUCAGACGCAUUCGUUUGAAACUGGUGCCAAACAUAGCGAAAAGGAUACUGUAGGCAUCAGGAGGGGCACCACAAAAUCGUUAUUAUUUGAGAUCCACCUGAAGUCAAGCUACCCGCAGCCACACUAUUGUUUGUUGAGG